GGCCCCGCCCCGUGACGCGAGGCCCCGCCCAGCGGCGCCCGCUUCCAAGAUGGCGGUGACGAUGCCUGCCAGGCUGUCGGGGUGGCGGUGACGACGGGAAGCAGAAGAGCAGCUCCCAGGUGAUCGAGCGCCCUGCACCUGCGGGGCUGGCUCCUCGGCACGUGAAGAACGGAAAGGAACCCGUUUCCUAGUCUGCCCUGGGUUCUCCUGAGGCCGUUCCACAAUCCUGUCGUGACUGCCUUACCCCUUGGCAAAAAUAAUGUCUCCAUUAGCAGUCCCGUCCCCAGUCCCCAAACAGGUUGGUCCUGUCAGGGUGGGGAAUGGUUAAGUACACGUAAACCUGACCCUCAAGGGCAGCUGGGGGAGAGGCCAGGGACCUAGCAUCUCUGGGUCCUCCCCUUUUCUUUCCAACCACUUUCCUUCACUUCUCCUGCUUGGGAAACCAGUUUCACCCUGAUCUUGAUCUCUGCCCCUCUGGGUGGGUGGUUAUCCUUGACCACUUCUUUUCCAGCUAGUCCCAGGAUCACUGUUGGAGUGCUGGAUGGAGACUUGCUCUGUCCUCUGUGACAUUUCCAAUUUAGAUAAUGCCUCACAUCUCUGCCCCCCCGGGACCCCCUGAAGUCCCCAUGAUCCCGAAGAAGACAGCUUGAACCUAGGUGAGUCCACCCCGCACCCCCCUCUAAAAUUGGGAGAGAGGUUCUCCAGAGACUCCUUUGAAAAGGCCCUGAAUGAUGUAAGCAUCCUUGGGGGUGGGGACCGAGAGUAGUUGGCCUGAGUGGUUCAGGGAGGAGGUGGAGGAGAGUGAGACUUGGGCUGGAAAUGACAGGUGGUAGGUAGGGCUGCUGGUGGUUACAUUCUGUUUCUUUUCCACGCAUGACUGUACACCUGUGUGCUCCCUUCUGUGACUUCGAUCUUUGCGUCUUUUCCUCUUUAACUCUUGGCACCACCUUGGUUCUUAACUGAUGAUCUCUGCUGGCUUGCUCUUCACCUGCCUGCCCCCAGAAUUCUCCUCUCUCCUUCCAUAGACCUGAGCCCAGGAUGUUGCGGAGGCUGCUGGAGCGGCCCUGCACACUGGCCCUGCUGGUGGGCUCCCAGCUGGCUGUCAUGAUGUACCUGUCACUGGGGGGCUUCCGAAGCCUCAGUGCCCUAUUUGGCCGAGAGCAGGGGCCGACAUUUGACUAUUCUCAUCCCCAUGAUGUCUACAGUAACCUCAGUCACCUGCCUGGGGCCCCUGUUGCCCCAGGGGCCCCUCCAGCUCCUCAAGGUCUACCCUACUGUCCAGAACGAUCUCCUCUUUUAGUGGGUCCUGUGUCCGUGUCCUUUAGCCCGGUGCCAUCACUGGCAGAGAUCGCGGAGAGGAACCCCCGGGUGGAACCGGGGGGCCGCUACCGCCCCGCGGGGUGUGAGCCCCGCUCCCGCACGGCCAUCAUCGUGCCGCACCGGGCCCGGGAGCACCACCUGCGCCUGCUGCUCUACCACCUGCACCCCUUCCUGCAGCGCCAGCAGCUCGCUUACGGCAUCUACGUCAUCCACCAGGCUGGAAAUGGAACAUUUAACAGGGCCAAGCUGCUAAACGUUGGGGUGCGAGAAGCCCUGCGUGAUGAGGAGUGGGACUGCCUGUUCUUGCACGACGUGGACCUCCUGCCCGAGAACGACCACAAUCUGUAUGUGUGUGACCCCCGGGGACCCCGGCAUGUUGCUGUUGCCAUGAACAAGUUUGGAUACAGCCUCCCGUACCCCCAGUACUUUGGAGGAGUCUCGGCGCUCACUCCUGACCAGUACCUGAAGAUGAAUGGCUUCCCCAAUGAAUACUGGGGCUGGGGUGGUGAGGAUGACGACAUUGCUACCAGGGUGCGCCUGGCUGGGAUGAAGAUCUCUCGCCCCCCCACGUCCGUGGGGCACUACAAGAUGGUGAAGCAUCGUGGUGAUAAGGGCAACGAGGAGAACCCGCACAGAUUUGACCUCCUGGUCCGUACCCAGAAUUCCUGGACACAAGAUGGGAUGAACUCACUGACAUACCGAUUGCUGGCUCGAGAGCUGGGUCCUCUCUAUACCAACAUCACAGCAGACAUUGGAACUGACCCUCGGGGUCCCCGGACUCCCUCUGGUCCCCGUUACCCGCCUGGUUCCUCCCAGGCCUUCCGUCAAGAGAUGCUGCAGCGCCGGCCCCCAGCCAGGCCCGGCCCUCCACCUACUGCCAACCACACAGCCCCCAACGGUUCACACUGACUCGUCCUGCCUGCCCACCUCAAUCAUGAAACCGAAUCAGACGGGUUGUACUCUCCCCACCCUCAGGUCCUCACUGCUCUUAGAGGGAUGGGGGGGACGCAACCCCAGGGCUGUGCUGGAGGCCGGGGCCUCUCCUCACUGCUGGACUGGAGCUGGGCUCCUUCAGACCUGGGGGUCCCUCUUUCUAGGGUCACCUGCCAGGGCUUAUGACUGUGAAUCCUUGGUGUCAUGAUUUUAUGUGAUGACUCCUGAGAGUCGCUGGCCCCUGGGUAAGAGCAGGGCUGGACCCCAAGUCCCUUCCUCUUCCACGGAGAGAAGAGUGAUCUGGCUUUUCCCGGGACCUCUGUGAAUAUUUAUUCUAUUUAUGGUUCCGAGGAAGUAUGUUUGGUGAAGGAAGCCCCUCCCUGGGUACUUUCUGCCAGUGCUCGAGUAGCUUCCUCUUCUGGACCUGGCUCAGGGGGCUGGGAUUUUGAUAUAUUUUCUAAUAAAGGACUUUGUCUUGCCUCUG